GGAUGAACAAGUUGUUCGUCUUACUGAUUGCCCUUCUCGGGCUUACCGCAGCCAUGCGUGAUCAGUCGAUUGCAGUAAAGGGACGCCUUCUGUGUGGGAAUGGACCAGCAGCCAAUGUUCGUGUCAAGUUAUGGGAAGAGGAUACUGGACCAGACCCGGAUGAUCUCCUUGACCAAGGUUAUACCGAUGCUAAUGGUGAAUUUAGUCUUCAAGGAGGUACUGCUGAGUUGACUCCAAUUGAUCCAGUAUUCAAAGUGUACCACAAAUGUGAUGAUUCGAAGCUCAAGCCAGGUGCUCGCAAGGUCAAACUCGCACUUCCGAAAAGCUACAUCACUAGCGGAAAAGUGGCCAAGAAAACGUUUGACAUCGGAGUGCUCAACCUCGAAACAGUUUUUGCUAAGGAAGAGCGUGAGCUUCUUGUAUCCAGACGUCGCCGAGGGGGUUUCAAUGCCGAUUAUAUGGAUCCAGAUAACUCUGAGAAGGAUCAAAGCAAAAGCAGUGAAGAAUCAGAAGAUAAAGAAAAGACUGUGGAAACUUUCUAGACAUUAAUCAUUUUCUCAAUACUGCACACAAGGGUUUCAGAUAAUAUCUGAAAAUCAUUGGGCUUCAUUUAUUUUCUUUAACUGAAAACAAUAUGAUAUUAUGAUAAUAAAAUUAUUGUUUUA